UCUCUCUCUCUCUCUCUCUCUCUCUUCUUCUUCUUCUUCUUCCAUUUCUGCGCCCAGAAACCUCAGCGAUGCAGCGCCAGAAGUCCAUCCUCUCCUUCCUCAGGCCCUCGUCGGACGGCCGGAGCUCCGGCGGCCUCCAGGGCGCCGCCGCCCCCGGCGAUUGCGCGGCCGGCUCGUCCGCGGAGGUGCGCGGCACCGACACUCCGCCGGAGAAGGCGCCGCGCCAGGUCCUCCGGUCGGGCGGCGAGGACGGCGGUCCCUCCCUGUACUCCAGCAUCAUGCGCAAGUUCGUUAGGGUCGACGGCGAGGAGAGGACGAGCGAUCGGAACAAUUCGCAGUCGCACUAUGGUACAUCUAAGGCUUCCCCUUUAUUUGAUAAAGUCGGUGACCUCAGCGAACAUCCUAGAACGGACAAUGACUUCAAGUUCAACAAGAAGGUCGAUCAUGAAUGUUUCAUGGAAAUUGAAAGUGAUAGUGACAUUCUUGGUCCCGAAACACCAGGUGUUCGACCCCUUGUGCCUCGAUUUAAGCGAGUUCAAGAGGAAACUCCUAAGUUCGAGUCUAAACAUGACUCAUCCUCUUUCAAUCCUGGCAAAAAGUUGAAAAUUCUUCCCGACUCUAUUUGCAAACCCUCAAAUAAGAAUGAGAAAGACACACAGGAUCCUACAAGCAAAUUUGAAUGGCUUGAUCCUUCUCGAAUUAGGGAUGGUAACAGAAGAAGACCUGAUGAUCCUCUCUAUGACAAGCGGACGCUUUACAUACCUCCUGAGGCUUUGAGCAAGAUGUCAGCUAGUCAGAGACAAUAUUGGAGUGUUAAAUGUCAAUAUAUGGAUGUUGUGCUUUUCUUUAAAGUGGGAAAGUUUUAUGAGCUGUAUGAACUGGAUGCAGACGUUGGUCACAAAGAGCUUGACUGGAAGAUUACAUUAAGUGGUGUUGGAAAAUGUCGGCAGGUUGGAAUCUCCGAGAGUGGAAUCGACGAUGCUGUUCAGAAACUGGUUGCUCGUGGAUAUAAAGUUGGACGAAUGGAGCAAGUGGAGACAUCUGCACAAGCAAAAGCCAGAGGUCCAAAUUCUGUAAUUUCAAGAAAAUUGGUUCAUGUGAUUACUCCAUCAACCUCAGUGGAUAGCAACAUUGGCCCUGAUGCUGUUCAUCUUCUUGCAAUAAAAGAGGGGGAGCAUGGACAAGAUGGCAGUUCAAUUGCCUAUGGUUUUGCUUUCAUUGAUUGUGCUGCUCUGAAGUUUUGGGUUGGUUCCAUUAAUGAUGAUGCUUCUUGUGCUGCGUUGGGGGCUCUGUUGAUGCAGGUAGCACCCAAGGAAGUGAUAUAUGAGAGCAGAAGUUUAUCAAAAGAAGCAUUGAAAGCAAUCAGAAAGUACUCAUUGACAG